UUGAGUGAUAAUUAGGCCUAUCUCAUGGCAGAUAACGUUAUUUUUCCAGUCCACAAACAUCUAUUCUUAACCAUUUUUCCCCGCCAGCAAAACUUCAUUAGUCCUAUAAUGAACAGUCUUUUUCCUUCAAAUUAUCCCAUUACGUCUGACAUAAACAACCCCAAGUGUCUCUCAUUGGCUGGUCGCAGGGUCACGUGGCCCGCGCGGCCGUCCGUCUAUUUGACAGCCGCAGGAUGGCUUGAUGCCAGAGGGGGAAAAAGAGACAGAGAGAGGGGAGAGAAAGAAAAAUUAGUAUUCUCCUACCAGCUUCGCUAUAAAUCAAUCAUGGAGUCCUACGUGGUGAGCUGUAAAUAUGCUGAGCCGCAGUUCCCGCCUUGUGAAGAAGAUUACAGUAAUUUUAGUGACCAAGGGGGGUUUUACAACAACCCCCAGGACAGUGGUAGUUAUGGAAGGGGCUAUCAGCCCGUGCAGCCCCCUCCGCCUCCAUACACACCACAACAAACCGACUAUCACUCUUUGCAGGGCCACCACCGGGAGGAUGGAGAGGACCACUCGCAGCACCAAGGUACUCCCUUCCCCGGAUACAGAGAGACAAAUGCCACCGGUAAGGAGUCGAGGUUCUCCGUCGGUGACCUGCAGUGCCAGGCCUGGAUGACCUGUGCAAAGCCCGCUCAGGUGCAGAGGAAAACGGCCUGCCAGGGAAAAGACAAGCCGCCUAUUGUUGUCUACCCGUGGAUGAAGAAAGUGCACAUCGCUCAUGUUAAUCCGAACCACGUGGGCCCGGAGCCAAAGCGACUACGGACGGCCUACACGCGCCAGCAGGUUCUGGAGCUAGAGAAGGAGUUCCAUUUUAGCCGCUACCUCACGCGCCGCCGCCGGGUCGAGGUGGCCCACACGCUCUGCCUAUCCGAGCGGCAGGUGAAGGUGUGGUUCCAGAACCGACGCAUGCGCUGGAAGAAAGACAACAAGCUGCCGAACACCAAAGGAAGGAGCAAAAACAAGAAGGCAACGGACAACAAUAACAACAACAGCAGCAGCAGCAGCAGCAGCAGCAGCAGCAGCGAUAGUAACGCCGAGGCUGCGAUAACUGUCUGAAAACAGAAGAGUUUGGCCGUCAGAGGCAGCCAUGUUAGCACCUUCACUCUCCAAAUCUGAUGGUGCUAAACUGAUCCAGGGUGACUGAAACUAUUCUAAACUGCUUUAAAAUUACAGGCUAUCCAUCUAUAGGCCUAAAUAAGGUUUAACAUUCGUUAAUGUAUUUUGCCUUAUAUUUUAACUUUGAAGUGUUUAUAAUUGUUUCUGUAAAAUGGGAAAAUUAGGUAAUUCUGGGAAAUUAGGUAAUUGUUUCACAUUUAGACAUCGGAUAUUAAGGGAGCAUGCCUAUUUGGAUGGGCGGAUUGUGUGUUUUGGAGAAAAAAAAAACAGGGUUUUAUUUCUACAGGGUAAACUUUAUACAGGGUUUUAUAAUAGCUACCUAAAAAUUAAAUUAGCCUAACUUAUGAAUAUGCACAUUACCAAAAUGUUGUGUCCACAAACUGGCGCUUAACGGGGCAAAAGAAUAAACAGAAGACCAGACACGACGAAUUGCUCGGCGGCUGACUUGUUGACGUUUUAGCUUUUAUUUUGUACAUAGAGGAGCAUCCAAAAACAAUACGCAUUUAGGAUAAGUAGCCAUCUCCAAAAAGUGAGGAAUUUUUCAUUAAUUUAGGGGAAAGUUUUACAUUUUUACACACGAGGAAAUAGAUAAAUAGUAAAAGAAUUAAAAAAA